AUGAGGUUUGAGGAGAUCCUGGACGAUGUUGGCGGCUUCUCCAAGUUCCAGUUCCUGCUGCUGUUGAUCCUGUGCAUCCCCCGAGCCAUCCUGCCCCUCCACUUCCUCCUGCACAACUUUGUCUCUGCGACGCCUCCUCACCGCUGCGCCCUCAGGAGCCUGGAAGACGGUGACGGGAUGUCGCCGAACUCCGACCCCGAGGCGCUGGCCCUCAGGAUCCCCCGUCAGCAUGACGGCUCCUUCAGCUCCUGCAGAGUCUACGACCCCCCGUUGACCCUUGACCUCAGCCAAGGAAACAGCACAGCACCUUGUCCACAUGGCUGGAUCUACGACCAAUCACAGUUCAGCUCCACAACUUCGUCAGAGUGGGAUCUGGUGUGUGAAGACAAACAGCUGAAUCAAGCUCUCGCCACCUACUUCUUCCUCGGGGUGACGUUUGGAGCCGUUCUGUUCGGACAGCUUUGUGACAGGUUUGGUCGAAAGUCGAUGCUUCUGGUGGCUUUAAUCGCUGCCACCACGCUGGGAGUCACCGCCGCCUUCUCUACCUCCUACGUCAUGUUCGCCGUCUGCAGGGCGCUCUGUGGCGCGGCCCUCAGCGGGAUGUCCAUCAUCGGCGUGGCCCUCAGUAUCGAGUGGACGGACGUGAAGCACCGUACCUUUACCGGUACCGUCAUGAGUUUGUCGUGGAGCGUGGGGAACAUGGUCCUGGCCCUGCUGGCCUACUUCAUACGAGCCUGGAGACACCUGACGCUGGCGGUGACGGCGCCCUGCAUUGCUGCCAUCGUCUCCUGGUGGUGGCUGCCGGAGUCAGCCCGCUGGCUGCUUGCCAGCGGCAGAGCAGAGGAAGCCAAGAAGUAUCUGGAUCAGUGCGCUAAAAUGAACGGGAAGAUCGAAUCCACAUCCAGACUGGACUCUGAGGCUCUGGGGAAGGCGACGGUGUCUGAGGUGGCCGAGAAGAACCACUCCUACCUGGAUCUGGUCAAAACACCCCAGCUGAGGAAGAUCACCCUCUGUUCCGGGUUGUACUGGUUUGCUGUUGCCUUCCUGUACUACGGGAUCAGCUUCAAGAUCUCAGGUUUUGGCGUCAGUAUCUACCUCACGCAGUUCAUCUAUGGCGCCAUCGAAGUUCCCGCCAAAAUCUUGACCUUCUUCGUCCUGGACUGGAUCGGCCGGCGGAACGGCCAGGCGGGGUUUCUGAUCACAACGGGAGCUCUGAUUGGAGUAAACACGGCUAUACCUUUAGAGUAUUCAGUGCUUCGUACGUGUAUCGCUGUGGUGGCGAAGGGUUUCUCAGAAGCGGCGUUCACCACCGCGUUCCUCUACUCAGCUGAACUCUUCCCAACCAUCCUCAGGCAGUGUGGGUUAGGCUACACCUCGUGCCUCUGUCGGAUCGGGAGCGCCCUGGCUCCGAUGAUCAUACUACUGGAGGACAUCUGGCUUCCUCUGCCGCCGCUGAUCUUCGCUGGGACAGGGAUGGUCAGCGGCAGCUUGGUCUUCAUGCUCCCAGAGACGCUCAACGCCCGUCUGCCUGAAAACAUCUCCGACGUCGAGGAGGGAAGACACAGACAUAGUCAUGCAAAGGGAGAUGCAAAGAUUGAGAAGAAAAGAAGGUCUGCAGACUCGGCAGCCCCGCAGAACAGCUGAUCAGCUGAUGGUCCUGGCUGGUCACAUGAUGAACUGGUCCUGCAGUCUGCGGGGAGUCUGAAGGAAUCGGUGCUUUAUGACUUGAUACAGAAUUAGUUUUUUAGUAAUUUCAGUCUUGUGUAAAGACGUGUUUUAAAACCUUGUAGCUGUCGAUGAUGUUCAGCUGACUGUAAGUUCUGAGCUCCAGGUGGUGGAUUCUCACUGUCUGGGUUCAGGUACCUGCCACUUUGCACAGAAUUUACUGAUUUCAA